UCCUUAAACUUGUCUGGAAAUGCAUUACAAGCUAUAACUCGUUGACGGGUCAAAUUCCAGAUUGGAUUGGAGACUUCUCAGCCUUGAAUGCCCUUAACUUGUCUAGCAAUUCUUUGGUUGGUGUUGUGCCAUCAGGCCUUUGCAAACUCAACGAACUACGCUUUUUAGACCUUUCUCACAACAAAAUUGGCCCAACCCUUCCUCCUUGUGCCAAUCUAACAAACAUGAAGUUUUUACAUUUGGAAAGCAAUAAACUAACAGGACAUAUACCCCAUGUUCUGUCUAAAGCUACUUCUCUUAUGACAUUGAAUUUGAAGGAUAACACCCUAUCAGGCCCAAUUCCCCUUUGGAUUAGUUUACUUUCAACAUUGAGGGUUCUUCUCUUGAAAGGAAAUCAACUUGAAGACUCAAUUCCUCUUCAUUUGUGUCAACUCAAAUCAAUCCGCAUACUGGAUCUUUCCCAUAAUCAUUUUUCCGGAAUAAUACCUUUUUGCCUAGAUAAUAUCACAUUUGGAAGGGAAGCUUCAUUAAUAGAUGAUACAUUUAGUACUGAUGUCGAAUAUAGUAUUGAUGAAGUCUCACUAAUGCCUUUUCAUGACAGUCAACUUUCUGUGUACACGGCUCUAGGUGUGAAUUUUGAGGUAUCAGCUGAAAGUGAAAAAAUAGAGUUCAUAACAAAGAAUAGGUCGGAAUCUUAUAUGGGACACAUCUUCAUGUCUGGAUUGGAUCUUUCAGGGAACAAAUUAACAGGUCCAAUUCCUCCAGAAAUUGGAAAUCUAAGUGGGAUUCAUACUCUAAACUUAUCGUACAACCAGUUGAUAGGAUCUAUUCCAGAGACAUUUUCCAACCUAAAGGAAAUAGAAAGCUUGGACCUAUCCCACAAUGGAUUGAUGGGUCAAAUUCCACCACAGAUGGUAGAGUUAAACUUCUUGUCAGUCUUCACAGUCGCCCACAACAAUUUAUCAGGUAAGACUCCAGAGAGGAAGUUUCAAUUUGCAACAUUUGAACGAAGCAGUUAUGAGGGCAACCCUCUUCUAUGUGGGCUACCAUUAGAGCGCAGUUGCACUCCCAUCAGUGCCCCACCAACAGUCAAACCACUAGUUUCAAACAACAGAGAAAAUAACUCUUGGGAAGCCAUAUUCUUAUGGAGUUUUGGAGGAUCAUAUGGAGUGGCAUUCUUAGGCAUCGUUGCUUUCCUCUACUUGAACUCCUCUUACCGAGACCUGCUCUUUUAUUUCAUUGGAAAACAUGUCCCUUUUUUUCGAUUAUGGGGUUGAUAAGCUAGUUCUAGUGUUUAAAUAAAUGAACUUUUGUAUAUUUGUAUGGACCUGCACUUUUCAGGUGCAUUCCUAUUUGAUGUCUUGAUUCGCGCUUUUUUAUUAGUGAAAAACUAAUUUAUGAAA